CACCUACGCAGCGCUUUCUGCGGCUCUCCAGGAGCUCAACUGAAAGAGAGAAACAUGCCGCGUUUCACGUCGGUCGUUUGAAGUGCAAAUGCCUAUAUAGCUAUCUCAAGCCAUCAUUUAAUUUCUCUACAGCCCCUUUUUUUCGGACAACAGAAAUCUAUUUGUGACCCACGCCAGAUGCGAGCUGUGAUAUCUGCACUGCGUGUUCCGCCGGGAAAAACAAGACUGAAGGAGGCUGAAAGUUUGGAGAGAAAACGCAGCGCCAAAUGUUUAAACUGAGACUUUGUCAACGUCUCCACAGACUCGCCGUGAGGACGUGAAUUCGCCCUCGCGUUAGUUUCACGGGAUUCGAGUGGGAUUCGUGACAAAACCUCCGUCCGCUUUUCCGUUACCUCAUCAGCUCAUGAAUCAACGUUACGCGUGUCAAAGUCGUGCAGGUUUGGAUUUUCUGCUGUAUUUUUUUCCAAAUAAAGGAUUUAAAAGGACCACACAUAUCCUAUUACACGAAGACCAACAUCAUUCUCUGUGAACGAAAAACUUAAACGGAUAUAGACCAACAACGAGACCGGGCUCGAUUUAUCUGUGGAUGACCUGCUGCAAAUGCCUCCACCACCCCUGCCCCUACCUCCCUGCCCCUUGCAUAGCCAGGAUGGAAAUCUAUAUCAAUAGGAUGGAGCCUGCCGAAUAAUAGGCUUUUUGGUGAAAACUAUGCCUGGAUGCUAAUAAAAAAUCCAUGUGGGAAUACUUGCCAUGCAAAAAGUCUUUGAGAUUUUUGACAGCUUUGCUUUCGGAAGGCCUGAUAUCUUGGGUUUGAUUGUUUCGCUCGUGCAACUGGAUAUAAAGGAGCGCCACCAGUGAUUUUUCGGUGCAGAAGAGAGAUCGAGCAUGACCUUGCAGCGACCAAACCGCCUGUGCGGUGUCUGGAGGGCCAUGUGUCUACGGCUAAGCCUCAGCGCUAGCCUGGAUCUUCCGUUCUUGUGUUGGAUAUUAGGCUUGGCAUUGCACGCUCAGCUAGCUGCUUCACAAAAACUGGAUGAGACGGAUCCGGUCGUCACUACCACUUACGGCAAACUAAGGGGAUUCAAAAAAGAACUCAACAAUGAGAUUUUGGGACCCGUCAUCCAAUUUUUGGGCGUCCCCUAUGCCGCACCUCCUACGGGAGAAAGGCGUUUCCAACCGCCUGAACCUCCGAUCUCGUGGUCCGAGAUCCGUAACGCCACCCAAUUCGCCCCCGUUUGUCCCCAAACCCUGCUGGAGGGCAGGCUACCGGACGUUAUGUUGCCGGUUUGGUUCACCAACAGUAUCGAAGUGGUGUCAACCUACGUACAAGACCAGAGUGAGGACUGCCUAUUCUUAAACAUAUACGUGCCAACUGAGGAUGUAAAAAGAAUAUCCAAGGAAUGUGCCAGAAAACCCGGCAAGAAAAUUUGUAGAAAAGGAGGUCCUCUUUCAAAGAAACAGAAUGAUGAUUUAGCUGAUAAUGACGGUGCUGAGGAUGAAGACAUCCGUGAGAGCGGGAGCCCUAAACCCGUGAUGGUAUUCAUACACGGAGGAUCGUACAUGGAAGGCACGGCGAAUAUGUUCGACGGAAGCAUCUUGGCUAGUUACGGCAACGUCAUCGUCAUAACCGUAAACUAUCGGCUUGGUGUGCUCGGUUUUUUGAGCACGGGAGACCAGGCGGCCAAGGGAAACUACGGACUUCUCGAUCAAAUCCAGGCCCUGCGCUGGACGAGCGAAAACAUUGCGUUCUUUGGGGGUGACCCUUUACGCAUUACUGUUUUUGGGUCUGGGGCCGGGGCCUCAUGCGUCAACCUCCUGACUCUUUCCCAUUAUUCUGAAGGUAACCGUUGGAGCAAUUCAACCAAAGGUCUUUUCCAACGGGCCAUAGCCCAAAGUGGCACAGCAUUGUCCAGCUGGGCUGUUAGCUUUCAGCCAGCCAAGUAUGCCCGCAUGCUGGCUAAGAAAGUGGGGUGCAACCUCAAAGAUACUGUUGAGAUGGUAGAGUGCCUACAGAAAAAACACUACAAAGAAUUAGUGGAGCAGGACAUCCAGCCCGCUCGCUAUCACAUCGCCUUCGGACCCGUUAUCGAUGGCGAUGUCAUCCCUGAUGACCCUCAGAUCCUUAUGGAACAGGGGGAGUUCCUCAACUAUGACAUCAUGCUGGGGGUCAACCAAGGUGAAGGGCUGAAAUUUGUAGAACUCAUUGUGGACAACGAGAAUGGGGUCCAAGCCAAUGAUUUUGACUACGCAGUUUCGAGUUUCGUUGAUGAUUUGUACGGUUAUCCCGAGGGGAAGGACAUUCUGCGGGAGACUAUUAAGUUUAUGUACACCGAUUGGGCAGAUCGUCACAACCCGGAGACCAGGAGAAAGACCCUGCUGGCACUGUUCACAGAUCAUCAGUGGGUGGCACCAGCAGUGGCCACAGCAGAUCUUCACUCAAGCUUUGGCUCCCCUACUUAUUUCUACGCCUUCUACCAUCACUGCCAAACCGAGCAGGUGCCUCCAUGGGCAGACGCCGCGCAUGGUGAUGAGAUCCCUUAUGUGUUUGGGCUGCCCAUGAUGGGUCCGACCGAGCUCUUCCCUUGCAACUUUUCCAAAAAUGAUGUGAUGCUCAGUGCAGUGGUGAUGACAUACUGGACCAACUUUGCCAAGACCGGUGAUCCCAACCAGCCAGUUCCACAAGACACCAAGUUUAUUCACACGAAACCUAACCGAUUUGAAGAAGUGGCCUGGACACGAUACAACCAGAAGGAUCAGCUAUACCUUCACAUUGGCUUGAAGCCCCGUGUCAAGGAACAUUACCGUGCCAACAAGGUCAACCUGUGGUUGGAACUGGUGCCUCAUCUCCACAGCCUCAAUGAAGUCACCCAAAUCAUUUCCACCACCACUAAGUUGCCUCCACCCGAAGUUACUCCCCGUACGCCAAAGAAGAUCUCAGUCAACACCAAAAGGCCCUACCCUACACCGUUCCCCACAGAAACACAGGACAGCCACAACCAGAACCAAAACCAACCUUUUCUGGUGGACCAGCGGGACUAUUCCACAGAGCUAAGCGUCACGAUUGCCGUAGGUGCUUCGUUGCUCUUCCUCAACAUCUUGGCUUUCGCUGCACUCUACUACAAGAAAGACAAACGGAGACACGAGGUUCAUCGACGCUGCAGCCCACAAAGGACCACGGCCAAUGAGCUGCCCCACACGCAGGAGGAAGAGAUCAUGUCUCUCCAAAUGAAACACAGCGAUCUGGAGCGGGAAUGUCGGGAGGCCAUGCACCCGCACGAGGUGGUCCUGAGAACUGCCUGUCCACCGGAUUACACGCUCGCCAUGCGCCGUUCGCCGGACGACAUCCCGCUCAUGACCCCGAACACCAUCACUAUGAUACCCAACAGCAUGCCGGGCCUUACCUCAUUACACCCGUAUAACAGUUAUUCCAGUGGACAAAAUAACACCCUACCCCAUCCACACCCUCAUUCACACUCCACCACUAGAGUAUAGCCACACCCAAAUACGAACAUACAUACACGCAUACACUCCUGCAGCUGUGGAGUGCGAGUGUGGACAACGGCCAGAGGUGACAUCACCCGGUGAGGAAUAUCUUUACUCCAGUUCAGAGGAACAGGAAACCACUUUUCUUCUUUCCUCGAGAGCAAAACUAUCAUUUUAUAUCAGAGGGGAAAACAAAACGGACGAAAACAGCGCAAAACAAUUUCUGAUUUAAUGAGAAACAAACAGAGAUGAUUUUUUACACCUUGUAUUGUGACAAAACCAGGACCAUUUCUUGGAAACAAUUAUCAGUCUGGGAUUCUUUGAGGAAUGGUUUGAUUCGUUAGCCGGAGAGGAAACAGCGGAAUCAGAGAAGAGGUGACGUGUGGGAGGCUCUUUGUAAACACAAGGAAACAUAUUGUUUUCCCGAGGCGCUGGAUUGUAGAUUACGCUCUUUGAGCAGAGGGGAAAUGCUGCUUACCUAAUUUAGGUGUGUGUUGUCCUGGUGGUAGCAUUGUAAGAUACGGAAUACAUCGAUAAGGGAAAAAAGAGAAAUCCUCAAGAAUAUGCACAAUAGAGACAUUCUCCGAAUGUCUUCGAAAUCUUUUUGUCAAUUUAUUUUUUGGGGGAACCAUUUUAUUGUAUAGGACCUAUUUACAUAUCUAGAUAUGUACACAAGCACCCAUGCUCUUUAAGCCCUGGCUGGGGGCGUGGAUACUGAGGAUUCUGCCUCAAGAGCGUAGCGGGGAAUUUAUUGGCUUCCUGGCAGAUACAGCUUCAUCACACAAGUGCUGUCUAUACUGAGAACUGGUGGACUGGAGGCUGGAUAUUUUUAGCACGAUGCGCAUGACAAUUUAUCUGCUUGGUGGCUGUUCUGCUGAUUAAGUCAUUAUUUAAAACGGAAAAAAUCAUUUUCUUCCCCAUUCGGAUUCGUUUGAGGAGAUACUGCUCUGAUUGGCUCGGGAAUAGGAAUUUGGUGACGAGGGCGGACACUGGGGGUUCUGAUUGGAUGGGGUGACGGAAAGGGGUGGGGAUAAGCUAAAUAGAUUGCAUUCGCAAAUAGCUCGAGUGAACCUGGUUAUGAGGACUAGUUUUGUACUUGUGUGUUGGUAAAACUUUUUAAUAGUGGUGAAUCACUUGUUGUUUGAGCCCCCACACGUGGGACAUUAAUGUACUUUUUGAUUUGCUCAUUGGUCUCAGCUAUAAUACAUUGUUUUAUUUUAUUUUUAUCGUUUUCACCUCUUGCUAAUAGUCAAACCAUGUUACCUUAUAAGAUUUAUUACCUGUAAUGUUUGAUUCUCAUCCUAUUUUUUUGUUGCUAUGCUUUGAGGCAGUUCCCGUACACGACUACGAGCGACUAUUUACCAACGCAGGGAUUUAUGCGGUACAACUUUAGAGCUCUGGAGUCAUGCGCUGGUAUCCCCUCAUCCAGAACUUUCUGUGGUUCUCCUGAAUGAUUAACCCCAGCGAUUCCCACACUGAAGACAGGACGGCCCCUGAUGAAAGGGUGUAUUAGGGGCCCUUCUUAUCUUGCAAAGCCCUUGAUCAUACUGCUUAACGCUAGCUAUAUAAAAGAAAGAAAUGGAGAAUGUCUAUGAAAAGAGGUAAAAGAGAGCAAUUGAAGGCGAGAGAUGGAUCUGCUGGUGCGAGAGCCACUUUGUCAGUUCUUACCCACAGAUCAGUGGCUGCUACUCAGUAGCCCCAGUGCUAAAAGUUUAACAAGCCGGUUUCACCUGCACAUCUCUCCGUAAUUGCCGGUUUUAACCAGGUGACAUCCGAAUCCUCAUUAAACAUCGAGUUUAUAAUUAUUUUGACAUUUUUCCUCAAAGCUGUGUUGUGUAACAUACUACAGUACAUGCUAAUGAUCAACACCAAUGAAUCCUAGACUAAAAACAGGAGGGCCUGUAAUGAGAGGGUCUUCUGAUCUUAAGAGGCCCUUGAUCAUACACUUAAAAGGUAGAAAAAGAGAAUCUUGAUUACUUUAUUCAGAGCCACUUUACGUAAUAUACGUCAUGGUAUAAAAUGGAUCCUACGGUAAGCUUUCAUUGAGUAUAGUUGCUUAAGGACUUUCCUUGUAGUCACUAAAAGAUUUUCUGAUCUUAGUGGCCUGCAUUAUGAGUUAAAAAAGUAUUUUUACAUAAAAAAGGUCCCUAUAAAUCUCAUUACACCUCUCUUAUCAGCAUGUAGCCUGAAAUCAUAUAUACAACAUUCAUUGAUUAAAGGAACAGUACGUAAGAAAUUUAUAUCAAUUAAUCAUUAAAUGGCCCUGAAAUGUCACUAGACAUUAAGAAAUAAUUUUCAUUUCAAAUACUUACAUCACUCACAAAAGCGGUCCGGCCAGGAUAUUGUCAUUUAAAAAGUGGAGUUGCAGCCCUCAACUAAUGUUUAUGUUGUCAUUUUGUGUAUUGGCCACCAGUUGUGUGAUUGCAGUACCAGUUUUAGCCACACGUUUUGUGAUUGCAAUACCAGUUUUGGCCACAAUCCUACAUACUGUUCCUUUAAUAAUUUUCUCAUAUUCAAAAGCACCCAUCCUUAUUUUUGCAAACAAGCAACAUCAUUUGUUGGUUGCUUGAUUUCUACUUCUGGAGCAUCAUGCUGGGUAGCUCCGCCCACAGCGAGAUCUUAUUGGUCCUGCUCAACAUACCUGCAUAUUAAAAUGUGUUUAAGUUGUCUGGGAUUAUGGGUAUGGUUGGCUAGGAUACAGAGCUCACGAAAGAAGCCAGUUUGGUAGCGGUACACAACAUCUCACAUCUCAAGGUAAUUAAAUAAUAGUUGUGUGUACAACAGUGAGCGAAAAACGCAAGUUUGUGGGAGUGAAUAUCUGAGCCCUGGUGACAGAAAACUAAUGAGGGAUAUGAAUUGUGCAAUUCACUUCCUGAUCCCCAACAUUAUGUUUCCAUUCAAUACACAACAUCCUCUGAACGUCCACUCUCUGUUUUGGCUUCACCUAUGACAACCAUACAAAGUAAAACCAGGCAACAGAGAGCUUUUCUCUGUGUGCCAGUCCCCAUCUACAGGUAUACAUAUGCAAAGUGAACCUGCCUAUGCGUCCCCCUCCAAAAGAAAGCUCUUUUGAUCGAUAUUAAAAUUUAAUGAACCGUAUACCGGCGAGCCGCUUUGAGGAUUCAUCUCGUGCAUGCACAUGUAGCAGAGAGAGAGAGAGAACUGGGAUUCAUCUGUAAUUGAGGAGAUCUCCAAUAGUUCAGUAUGUCUCACGCACAUAAACACACAAACAUAUACGUACGCCAGGAUGAGCCUUGUAACUGAAUGUAAUCCAAGACCGAGGGCCAUUUUCUUACAAACAGCAACCAAAUUUCAUUGUGUUUAUUUUCUACUGGCUGACCUUGGAAGAAGAUCAAAAUGGCUGUUUAUGAGAACUACAGAGGGUUGUUGUGAUGUAGAUUAUUUGUCAUUUUGUCUUUCUUUCUGGUUAAAUAGGAUUUAAUCUUCUGGAGCACAAUAAAUGAUUUUAUCAAGCUCAACUUACAUCAGUCUUUCUUUACUGUUGGUUUGUUUUUGAUUGUGUAUUUUGAUGUACAGGCAUGGCCGUAGCCAGGUUUGAAAAUAAGUGAGGUCCAGGGUGGGCUGUUAAGAGUUAACAAAUGCAAUCUAAGGUAUUUUGUGUGAACAUUUUUGCCAUUUUCACACUCUGUCCA